UUCAUUGGUGAUUCGCUCGAGCCAACAUGGAGGGUCGGGACUCGGCGCGCGACCGAGCGGCUCUCGGGACCUGGUUCGGUUCGCAAUGAAAGGGGAUUUAUAUCUUGGGUAAAAACUUCACCUCCGUUUAAUCCCCCGGUUUAAAUCGUUUAAGUCGAGGAAGAUUUUCUCCUUCUGUUCGCUGAGUCGUGAUUUGAGGAGGCCAUGAGCUCUGGGGAAGGAGGAGAGGACGUGUGUAGGGAUGGAGCUGCUGAUGGAGCUGCUGAUGGAGCUGCGCUGUGUAGAGCCGACUGUUCUCUCCCGAAGUGUGAACCCAAGCAUGAUUUAGCGGGACACACAGGGUUCAACAGAAAUGAGGAGAUGAAGGCCAUGGAGGUGCUGCCCAUUCUGAAAGAGAAAGUGGCUUUUUUAUCAGGGGGCCGGGACAGACGGGGAGGCCCGGUUCUCACUUUCCCAGCCAGGAGCAACCAUGACAGAAUAAGACAGGAGGAUCUGCGACGCCUCAUUGCCUACCUCGCAGGCAUCCCCAGUGAGGAGGUCAGCAGGCAUGGCUUCACCGUCAUCGUGGACAUGCGAGGCUCCAAAUGGGACUCCAUCAAGCCCCUGCUGAAGAUCCUGCAGGAGUCGUUCCCGUCCUGCAUCCACGUCGCGCUCAUUAUCAAACCCGACAACUUCUGGCAGAAGCAGAGGACCAACUUCGGUAGCUCUAAAUUCGAGUUCGAGACCAUAAUGGUAUCUCUGGAGGGUUUGUCCAAGGCAGUGGACCCAUCACAGCUGACAGCCGAUCUGGAAGGAAGUCUGGACUAUGAUCAUGAAGAAUGGAUUGAGGUGCGUGUGGCCUUUGAGGAGUUUGCAGGAAACGUGGCACGUGCACUCUCCCGCCUCAAGGAGCUCCAGGAGCUGGUGUCCCGCCGCGACCUCCCUGGUGACCUAGAGGUAGCACGGUGUGCCAUGGAUGAGCACAGUGCUCUGAAGAAACGUGUAACCAAGGCUCCAAGCGAGGAACUGGAAGCCGAGGGCCAGCGGCUGCUGCACCGCGUACAGGCCGGCGCGAAGACCGGGGGAGACGUACAGGGCCUGACCCCCAGGGUCUCGGCUCUGCUGGAGGAACUGCACACUGCCCGACAGCACCUGCACCAGGCCUGGCAUGGCCGAAAGCUCAAACUCGACCAGUGCUUCCAGCUACGGCUCUUUGAACAGGAUGCCGAGAAGAUGUUUGACUGGAUUGUUCACAACAAGGGGCUUUUCCUCACCAGCUACACUGAGAUUGGGGCAAAUCACCAGCACAUAGUGGAGCUGCAGACACAACACAACCACUUCGCUAUGAACUGCAUGAAUGUGUACGUGAACAUCAGCCGCAUCACAGCAGUGGGCAAGCGGCUCCUGGAGGGUGGUCACUACGCAGCAAUGCAGAUCCAGCAGCUCUCAGCGCAACUCGAGCGAGAGUGGAAGGCCUUCGCUUCGGCGCUGGAUGAGAGAAGCGCCAUGCUGGAGAUGUCGGCUAGUUUCCACCAGAAAGCUGACCAGUACCUGAGUAAUGUAGAGUCGUGGUGUAAGGCAUGUGGUGAGGGUGAACUUCCCUCAGAGCUUCAGGACCUAGAAGAUACCAUUCACCACCACCAAGGACUGUAUGAACACAUCACGGCUGCUUACUCCGAGGUGAGUCAAGACGGGAAAGCGCUGUUGGACAAACUCCAACGCCCUCUGACUCACGGCAGUGCAGAUUCGUUAACAGCGUCCGUCAACUACACCAAGGCAGUGAACCACGUCCUGGACAUCAUCCACGAGGUGCUGCAUCACCAGCGGCAGCUGGAGAACAUCUGGCAGCAUCGCAAACUCCGUCUGCAUCAGCGCCUGCAGCUCUGCGUCUUCCAACAAGAUGUCCAACAGGUCCUGGACUGGAUCGAGAAUCAUGGCGAGGCGUUCCUCAGCAAACACACGGGGGUGGGGAAGUCCCUGCACCGGGCACGAGCUCUGCAGAAACGCCAUGAAGAUUUCGAAGAGGUGGCACAGAACACGUACACUAACGCAGACAAGCUGCUGGAGGCGGCCGAACAGUUGGCGCAGACCGGCGAGUGUGACCCGGAGGAGAUCUACCAGGCUGCCCACCAGUUACAGGACCGCAUCCAGGACUUUGUGAGGCGCGUGGAGCAGAGAAAAGUCCUGCUGGACAUGUCCGUGGCUUUCCAUACUCACGGCAAAGAGCUGUGGACAUGGUUGGAGGAGCUGCAGAAGGAGCUGCUGGAUGACGUGUAUGCUGAGUCGGUGGAGGCUGUGCAGGAUCUCAUCAAACGCUUUGGGCAGCAACAGCAGACUACACUACAGUUUACUGUUAACGUCAUCAAAGAAGGCGAGGAGCUCAUCCAGCAGCUCAGAGACUCUGCAAUCUCCAGCAACAAAACCCCGCACAACAGCUCAAUGGCGCACAUCGAGAGCGUGCUGCAGCAGCUGGAUGAGGCUCAGGGUCGUAUGGAAGAGCUCUUUCAGGAGAGGAAGAUCAAACUGGAGCUCUUCCUCCAGCUGCGCAUUUUCGAGAGGGAUGCCAUCGACGUGAUCUCAGACCUGGAGUCAUGGAGUGAUGAGUUGUCCCAGCAGCUCAGAGAGUUUGACACUGAGGAAUUGACUGUGGCUGAGCAGAGACUUCAGCAGCAUGCAGAGAAAGCGCUCACUAUGAACAACCUGACGUUCCAAGCCAUCCACCAGGGACAGGAGCUGCUGCAGUACGUCACUGAAGUGCAGGCUUCAGGUAUAGAGUUGUUGUGUGAUCGGGAUGUGGACAUGGCCACACGUGUUCAGGAUCUGCUGGACUUCCUGCAUGAGAAGCAGCAGGAGCUGGACACAGCGGCCGAGCAUCACCGCCGUCACCUGGAGCAGUGUGUUCAGCUGCGCCACUUACAGGCGGAGGUCAAACAGGUCCUGGGAUGGAUCCGUAAUGGUGAGUCCAUGCUGAACGCCGGCCUGAUCACAGCCAGUUCUCUGCAGGAGGCCGAGCAGCUACAGAGGGAACACGAGCAGUUCCAGCAUGCCAUCGAGAAGACACACCAGAGCGCACUGCAGGUGCAGCAGAAGGCGGAGGCUAUGCUGCAGGCUGCUCACUACGACAGCGAGACCAUCCGCGAGUGUGCCGUGAAGGUGGCGUCUCACUGGCAGCAGCUCAUGCUCAAGAUGGAGGACCGUCUCAAACUGGUGAAUGCUUCCGUGGCCUUCUACAAAACCUCAGAGCAGGUGUGUAGUGUAUUAGAGAGUCUCGAGCAGGAGUACAAGCGGGAAGAGGAUUGGUGUGGAGGAUCUGAUAAGCUCGGGCCCAACUCUGAGUCGGAUCACGUGACCCCGAUGGUCAGCAAACACCUGGAGCAGAAGGAAGCCUUUCUCAAGGCCUGCACGCUGGCUCGCCGCAAUGCAGACGUGUUUAUGAAGUACCUGCACAGGAACAGUGUGAACAUGCCGGGCAUGCUGGCACAGAUCAAAGCUCCUGAACAGCAAGUCAAGAAUAUUCUCAAUGAGCUUCUGCAGAGGGAGAACAGAGUUCUUCACUUCUGGACGAUGAGGAAGAGGAGGCUUGACCACUGCCAGCAGUAUGUGGUGUUUGAACGGAGUGCAAAGCAGGCCCUGGAGUGGAUUCACGAUACAGGCGAGUUUUACUUGUCAACACACACAUCAACAGGCUCCAGCAUCCACCACACACAGGAGCUGCUGAAGGAGCAUGAGGAGUUUCAGAUCACAGCCAAGCAAACCAAAGAGCGGGUGAAGCUGUUGAUCCAGCUGGCAGACGGCUUUUGUGAAAAGGGCCACUCCCAUGCGGGUGAGAUCAAGAAAUGGGUGGUAUCAGUGGACAAGCGCUACCGUGACUUCUCGCUCCGUAUGGACAAAUACCGCUGCUGUCUGGAGAAAGCCUUGGGGAUAUCCUCAGAUUCCAACAAGAGUAAAGACUUGCAGCUGGACAUCAUCUCGGCGAGCGCGCCUGGAGCUGAGGUCAAGCUCCGAGACGCCAAUCAUGAGCUCAUUGAAGAGAAGCGCAAGUCUGCUCGGCGAAAAGAGUUCAUAAUGGCCGAGCUGAUCCAGACGGAGAAGGCUUACGUCAGAGACCUGUGCGAGUGCAUGGACACGUAUCUCUGGGAGAUGACCAGCGGUGUGGAGGAGAUUCCACCAGGGAUCAUCAACAAAGAGCACAUCAUCUUUGGCAACAUGCAGGACAUCUACGAGUUCCACCAUAACAUCUUCCUGAAAGAGCUGGAGAAAUAUGAGCAGCUGCCUGAAGAUGUCGGCCAUUGCUUUGUGACAUGGGCGGACAAGUUCCGAAUGUACGUCAACUAUUGUAAGAACAAGCCGGACUCCACUCAGCUUAUCUUGGACCACGGGAGCUCCUAUUUUGACGAGAUCCAGCAGAGGCACAGACUGGCAAACUCCAUCUCCUCCUAUCUCAUUAAACCUGUGCAGAGAAUCACCAAAUACCAGCUGCUCCUCAAGGAACUUCUGACCUGUUGUGAGGAGGGCAAAGGUGAGAUCAAGGACGGCCUGGAGGUCAUGCUCAGCGUGCCCAAGAAAGCCAAUGAUGCCAUGCACCUCAGCAUGCUAGAGGGUUUCGAUGAGAACCUGGAGUCACAAGGUGAGCUCAUCCUGCAGGAGUCGUUCCAGGUGUGGGACCCCAAGACGCUGAUCCGCAAGGGCCGAGAUCGCCACCUCUUCCUGUUCGAGAUGUCGCUCAUCUUCAGCAAAGACGUUAAAGACUCUAACGGCAGGAGUAAAUACCUCUACAAGAGCAAGCUGCUGACCUCUGAACUCGGGGUGACGGAGCAUGUGGAAGGUGAUCCGUGUAAAUUUGCGCUCUGGGUGGGACGCACGCCGACCUCCGACAACAAGAUCGUCCUGAAGGCCUCCAGCAUUGAGAAUAAGCAGGAGUGGAUCAAACACGUGCGUGAGGUGAUUCAGGAACGUACCAUUCAUCUGCGAGGGGCUCUGAAGGAACCCAUCCACAUCCCCAAAACCACCACGGGAGCAAAACUGAAGGGACGAAGAGAAGGGGAGGAGCUUGACAGUCAGGGGGAUGUGAGCAGCCAGCCAGACACGAUCUCUAUCGCAUCCCGCACCUCCCAGAACACCCUGGACAGUGACAAGCUGUCUGGUGGCUGCGAGUUGACCGUGGUCAUCCACGACUUCAUGGCCAGUAAUGGCUCGGAGCUGAGCGUGAAGCGAGGUCAGACCGUGGAGGUGCUGGAGAGGUCUCUUGACAAACCUGAUUGGUGCCUGGUGCGCACUACCGACCGCUCGCCCACCCAGGAAGGCUUGGUACCCAGCGUCAUGCUCUGCAUUGCCCACUCUCGCAGCAGCAUGGAGAUGGAGGGGAUCUUCAACCAUAAAGACACCCUCUCUGUGUCAAGUAAUGAAGGUGGAAUAUCAGGCAGCGCCACCCUGCAGCCAGGGCACCUGCAUGGCUCCCCCGGUGCCAAGCGUCCCGGAAAUACCCUUCGCAAGUGGUUGACGAGUCCAGUAAGGCGUCUUAGCAGCGGUAAAGCAGAUGCACACGCUAAAAAACUCGCACAUAAGCACAAGAAGAACCGCAAGAGUGGCGAAGCACAAAGGGACUCGGACGAAAACGCAGCGACGCCACAAGACGAGACUGUCGAGGAGAGGAUGAGAUACGAGGGCCUGAGCAGCGGCACACUUUCCAAGUCAUCAUCUUCGGGCAUGCAGAGCUGUGGGGAGGAAGAGGGUGAAGAGGGUCCCGAUGCUGUGCCGUUGCCACCACCGAUGGCCAUCCAACAGCACAGCCUCCUCCAUCAGGACUCGCAGGAUGAAAAGGGUUCCCGUCUUCCCGGGCGGCCUGGCAGUUCGGAAACCCCCAGUGCUGCUGAACUCGUCAGUGCCAUUGAAGAACUUGUAAAGAGCAAGAUGAGUCUGGAGGAUCGGCCAUGUUCCCUCUCGAUCGAUCACGUAGACAACAACAGUCCCUCCUGUAAACCUUCAGAUAACGCCCGGCUCUCUUCUUCUUCACCCGCAGAGGAGGUGGAUGAACGCAAAACAAGCGUACUCAAAAAGCGCCACUAUGUACUUUUGGAGCUGGUUGAGACAGAGCGAGACUAUGUUAGAGACCUGGGUGCGGUGGUGGAGGGCUACAUGAGCCGAAUGAAGGAGGAGGGGGUUCCAGAUGACAUGAAGGGCAAAGACAAGAUUGUGUUCGGAAACAUUCAUCAGAUCUACGACUGGCACAAAGACUUCUUCCUGGGUGAACUGGAAAAGUGCCUGGACGACCCCAAUAGGCUAGCACCCUUAUUCAUCAAACAUGAACGCAGAUUACACAUGUACAUCGUCUACUGCCAGAACAAGCCCAAAUCUGAGCACAUCGUAUCCGAGUACAUAGACACUUAUUUUGAGGAUCUGAAGCAGCGCUUGGGCCACAGGCUGCAGCUCACAGACUUACUUAUCAAACCUGUGCAGAGGAUUAUGAAGUACCAGCUUCUGUUAAAGGAUUUUCUAAAGUUCUCCAAAAAGGCUUGUACUGAUACAACAGAAUUAGAGAAAGCAGUGGAGGUGAUGUGUGUUGUACCCAAACGCUGCAACGAUAUGAUGAACGUGGGACGUCUCCAGGGCUUCGAUGGUAAAAUCGUAGCUCAGGGUCGGCUCCUUCUCCAAGACACGUUCAUGGUGUCAGAUCAGGACUCCAGCCUACUCUCCCGGGCCAAGGAGAGGCGUGUCUUCCUCUUCGAGCAGAUCGUCAUCUUCAGUGAGCCACUGGAUAAGAAGAAGGGCUUCACUACUCCAGGCUUUCUGUUCAAGAGCAGCAUCAAGGUCAGUUGGCUGGGUCUGGAGGAGAUUUCAGACAGCGACCCCUGUAGGUUCACUCUCACUUCGCGGUCAUCCACAGGUGUCACAGAGCGCUUCACCCUUCACUCGUCUAGCCCGGCCGUGAGCCACACAUGGGUACAACAGAUCAGCAGCAUCCUGGAGAACCAGAGGAACUUCCUCAAUGCACUAACGUCUCCCAUCGAGUACCAGCGGAACCAUGUGGGCGCAAGCACUUCCAACCCAGGCACCAGCGUCCCCAUGAGCUCCCGACCUCGUGGAUCCAGAAUUCCACAACCCAUGCAGCCCCACCCCCCAUCAGCAUCAGGUACGUUCCCUGAGACGUUCGGGACACACCCGCUCGAGGUCCACUUGAACGAUCAACGAGAGGAGACCCGCUCAGUUCCUCGAGCUGCUGUGUCCCCAAUGUCCCUCGCUUUAUCCAGACCUCGAUCAGGGCUCCCUUCACCACUAAUCUCGCCUUCUACAAUCACCCCGAGUUCAUGCCACUCUAGCGUCAAAACCUCCUCGUCCUCCAUUUGGGCUUCAGUUCCAGAGCAGAACCAGAAGCGCAAGGAAACAGAUCGGGUCAGCACAUGCUCCUCAGCCAGCGAGCACUCCCUGCACAGCAACGGGAGUGAAAGCAGCAGCAGCAGCAGUAGCAGCGUGUCCACCAUGCUAGUGACCCAGGACUACGUGGCUUUAAAAGAGGACGAGAUUAGCGUGCAUCAGGGCGAGGCUGUGCAGAUCCUGGCUUCCAACCAGCAGAGCAUGUUCCUGGUUUUCCGAGCUCCUACCGAACAGGGCCCGGCAGCAGAGGGAUGGAUCCCCGCCCACGUCCUAGGACACACCUCCAUCCGUGCUUCUGACUACACCAACAGCACCCUAAAGAAGUCAUCGUCUUGGCACACAGCGUUACGCAUCCGCCGCAAAUCUGAGAAAAGAGAAAAAGAGGGAAGGAAAGAGUGUCGACAGGAGAAUAAGGUUUCUGUAAAGCUUCUAAAUCCAAACUACAUCUACGACGUUCCACCAGAGUUUCUGGUGCCUCUGAGCGAUUUGGUAUGUGAGAGUGGAGACAGCGUGACCUUGCGCUGUAAGCUCGGAGGUCAGCCGAGAGCCUCGGUCUCCUGGCGAGGACCAGAUCAGAGCACAGUGAGCGACGGAGGACGAUACACACUGACACACAGUGAGACAGGCGAAGUGACCCUGCGCGUUUCACCCGUGACUACAGAGGACGGAGGGACCUACACCUGCACCGCCACUAACGACGUCGGGACGGUCACUUCGUCCGCCUGCCUCAGAGUGCAAGGUACCUACGGUGAUGGAAUCAUCUGGAAGGAGAAUUUUGAGUCGCUCUACACUGAAGUGAUGGAGCUCGGAAGAGGUAGGUUCUCCGUGGCUAAGUGGUGCGAGCAGCAAGGUUCACGGCGCUCGGUAGUAGCGAAGCUGGUGAACAAGAAGCUGAUGCGUCGUGAGCAGGUGAUGAGGGAGCUGAACGUGCUUCGCUGCUUGCAGCAUCCCAACGUGGUGGGCCUGCUCGAUACAUUCGAGACCACCACCAGCUAUGUGCUCGUACUGGAAAUCGCCGAUCAGGGUCGUCUCCUGGACUACAUCGUGUGCUGGGGUAACCUGACUGAGGAGAAGGUGGCUCUCUACCUGCGGGACAUAUUAGAAGCUUUACAUUACCUACAUACCUGUAGAAUAGCUCAUCUCGACCUGAAGCCAGAGAAUGUGGUGGUAGAGCAGGCAUCUGCUCAAUCCAUUGUCAAGCUGACGGAUUUCGGCGAUGCCAUGAUCCUGUCCUCUUCCCCCUACAUCCACCCUCUGGUGGGCAGCCCUGAGUUCAGUGCACCUGAAGUGGUGCUGGGCGAGCCAGUGGCUUUGACUUCUGAUCUCUGGAGUGCCGGUGUUCUGGCCUAUGUGUUGCUGAGUGGUGCCUCGCCAUUCUUAGACGAGAGUGCGGAGGAGACGUGCCUCAACAUCUGCCGCUUGGACUUCAGCUUCCCCGAAGACUAUUUUGGAGGUGUGAGCCGAGCAGCGCGAGAUUUUGUGUGCUUACUAUUACAUUCUGAACCCGCCAGGCGACCCUCAGCUCAGGCCUGCCUGCAGGGUGAGCCAUGGCUCCGUCCCCGAGCUGCCUCCGGUUUGGUCCGCCUUGACACAGCACGACUCGUGGCCUUCAUUGAGAGGCGAAAGCACCAGAGUGACUUGAGGCCAAUGGAUAACCUGAGGACAUUUUUAAGAAGCCGGCUGCUGGGAAAGGCAUGACAGAGAAUGGAUGGUUCUCCCUUAAGUCCUGGUCCUCUUCUAUUGAGCGAUGUAAUGGUGUAACCGAUACGGGUUCCUGAGGCAGGUAUGAGGGAGCCUAGAGCAAGAAGGAAGCCUGAAGCUCUGAAGGUCCCUCGAGGGUGAAAGAAUUAAAGGAGCCUUCUGUCUGAGUGAGAAUGCAAUUAAGACACAGCAAUCACCUUGCCCCUCAAGAACCCAUAUGGAGAAUGGAGGAACUCGGAUGACCAGCAACCCAAUUAUCCUUUGGAUAGAAUGGAGUGAGUCCACAGUGAUGCCCUGAAAAUGAGAAAAUUCCAAACUAUAUGGAAAUCCAACUGGAAUCCUGCUCUUUUUAUUGUAAAGCCAUGUAAAGUGGCAUGUUGUUCAUACACUGCUGCUGCUGCUGUUGCUCGUACAACUGUUACCCAACCCUUGAAAUCCCUUAGACCCUAAAUUUGGAAAUGAAUCCAGAUCACAUCAGCCUCAUUUCCAUGUCCUCUUUGUACAAAAAAAAAACUGCACAGAAGCACAAACGAGACUUUUUCGAGAGUUUUCUUCUAUGAGCCAGUAAAAGGGCAAGCCUUUUGUUUUUGACAGUAUUUUGAAUCAGGUUGUUGCAGUACUGUAUAGCCGUAUUCAGGAAAGAAUUUUGUAUAAAUUAUGUAUAGAAGCACAGCAAAGGAGAUCUUUGACGUUUUGGAGUACAAUAAAAAAAAUGAUAUAUAAAGCGAGAGAAAUGAAACUGGUUCCACGUCAUGCUUCCCUUUUAUCUCGGAAUCGCCGUAACUACAGAAUCAUCGGAACAGGUUUUUUAUGGAAAUACGAGGAACAAAUCCUUACAUUUUUUUUUUUUAAAUUUCAAUUCUGUCCAUUGGAAAUAAAGACACUGUAGCUGCGAGCUGCACCUACAAACUUUAGAUGUUUCAGUAUCUGUUGUAUGUUUUGAAUCUGCCUUGUUGAUGAUUUCUCACCAUUACACAUUACUUGAAUUUCCAUCUUAAAGGAAAAAUCGACCCUGAACGACUUGCACAUUAAUCUCUAUACUUAAUGUGAGCAUUGAUUCCCUCCAUGGUCUUUUUGGUCAACUUUUAAUUUGGUAAGUAAUUUUUUCGACGUUACACGAAAUGCCGUUCUGCAGUUUGCUGAUUGUAGUGAUUUUGUCUUCACUUCAUCCUUCCUGAAAGACUGCGAUCUUGAUCCCUCACCUCUUCACCUAGCCGUCAUGCUCUUCAUUUUAAAGAUCGCUAACGAGCCUAGCCGAGUCUCUUUCGCGUAGCUCCUUGUUGCGUCCACUGUUUGCUUUCUCGACUUCUUCUACGUUGGAUUUCUCAUUAAUUUGACAUUUGAAAGCAGCUGUAGGAUGACGAGCUAACAGCAAACCUGAUACUUGGUAGUUAUCUUUGGGAUCGAUGAAAUUUCUUCUUCAAUCAAUAAAUCGCAAAUAUUUUAUCGUAAACAUUUCUUCGUGUAGGUUACUUUUGUAAUAAUUAGCCUGCUAGCAAGAUGGCUGCUUUAGAGUUUCAUGACCCUGUUAACAUAAACCUUCAGUUAUUAUAAGAAAUGAACAGUGUUCAUAAUUAAGGCAGUGUUCAUCAUUGUUUGCGGUGAUGUAUUUGUUUUCAGAUGCUUUUGCGUCGACUGAAACGCCCCUUUGACUUAGCAGGUACGCAGGAGCGUCGUGUGAAUGUGCGCUCGUAUUUUGUUGGAACUGUUUACGUGCAAUGUUUGGGAUUAUUGCAGCUAUUUAUUAGCAGUGGUGUUAAAACCUGCCGACGCAUGUAUAAGCCACUAUAAACUCAUCUCAGAUGCGUCUCGGUUCGUGGCUCUUUCUUGCUAAGUUCUCUGUGUUCAGUAUCAUUUUGUGGAAGCUAAGUUGUUCGUAUCUGUGUCAUACUUGUUUAGAUUUGAAUGUUACAACUUCUCCUUGUUCUUAUACCAAAGUCAACCUGGUUUCACAGUAAUGAUUACAACAAAAAACAAAAAAAAGAAUGACGAUGCAGGCAUUUGUGUGGAUUAAUCUUUAUUUAUUGUCUUGUUGUGUAUUUUUUUUAAACUGCUAAGAUAAUUGAGGUAGUUCGACAUUCUACAAUAAUUUCAACGCAUUCUUUGAGCAUUUUAAUAUUUGUAUAAGAUGUAUAUUUGCAUGGAUAACCGACGUCUGUCAUUCGCUACUUCAAGAUUGUAAAACCGUUCAAGGCAAAUCUCUAAUUAUAGUUGUUUCAAUGUCAUCUACUUCCUGUUUAAAAUCCGGUUUGUCGUGAUUUUACUGAAUUUUAAAUUGUUUGAAUUGUAAGCAUGGAUCGACACAAGGUCAGUUCUUUCUUUUCGUUCUAAUUUAUUUUGUCGUUAUGUAUAGCUGUAAAGAUUCGAACAACCGUGAGGACCCUCAUGGCUACAUCCUAUUUUAUACAUGCAGUUAAAUUCCAUUUUGAAUGCUUUUGGCUCUCACAUUUGUGUGUAAAUUUCUUUGUACAGAAACCAUGCCUUUGCACAUUCUGUGCUGUAUAUAUUUUAUUGAGAUUAAACACAUAAAAACAAUUUAUUGGUAAUUUUA